AUGAUAUCAUCAUCCACCGCUCGCAGAGUGUCACAGGCAGUCCUACGACGUGGGGUUCACACUCGAAGAAAGACCAAGGAUGCUGUGAAUCUUCCAGGUGCCUUGGCACAAAAUUUCCCAACUAAAAUGGUGGAACCUGCCGUAGAAACUACUGAAGAUCCUAGUGCUUACCAAAAAUCUACAGUCACUUCUGCCCAUGCUAUUGAUGUUGAGGCUGGCAAGGUCUCCACUAAGGAUUCUGUUGCCAUUAGCCCUGAUGGAAAGGUGGUUCAUGGAAGAUACGGAGAAUUGGGUGAAGCUGCCGAUGGUGUUCCGCUAGAAUACCUGGCACUCUUGCGAAUGGCAGCCGAGGGUGCCGCUGGACUCCGAAAGAUCGAGGAGGGUGGAAAGACUGGAACCAUUGUGGUAUUUGGAGCUUCCCAAGCUAGUGGACUUGCAGCUGUUCAACUUGCUUCUGCCAACGGACAUGCUGUUGUGGGUGUCGUUGGGGCUGAACACUCAUGCCACGAAGACAUGGUCGAGUAUGUGAAGGGAAUGAUCCCCGAACCUGGAACUGCGGUCGCCGAAGAGUAUGCUAUUGCCAAGAAGAAUUUUGCCGAUCUUGUAAACGGAAUCGCUUCCGGAGAUGAAGGACUUUCGUGCUACGGUGCUGAAGAAUGCUUGGAUGACUUCAAGGCCAACCUUCUAGAAUACGUCGAAGCGUAUCCAGAGACUCUUCCUGCCGCUGUUGACCCAUCCAAGAUGAAGUUCCUGGGCAUGGAAAAGGACAAGGAUAACUUCCGUACCAACAUGGAGGCUUACCUUGCUCAGUUCCCACCAGGUGCCCCACCAAUUGCCAAAGAUCAGCUUGAUGCGAAAUUCACCACUGAACAAUACGAAGUCUUCCGAAACAAGUUCUGGGAGCAAACGACAAGUGUCGUCUCUGGUGACGAAUCGCACUUCUUCUCACCUCCGCACAUUGCUGUUGAUCUAAUGAAGCAGCCCCAAAAGAUGGACAAGGCUGUCUAUGACACCUCACACCCAGCUGUCCCAUACGCCUUCACAACCGUCAAGAACUUUUACGCUCCAGGAACCCAAGAAACUCCAGGAGGACCAAUUGCCGGGGCCCUCAUUGUGGUCACACCCAACCUGGAGAAGGCUGCCAAGGCCGUGGAUGCCGCCAAGACCCUUCGCGAAAAGGGUGAAGCUUUGCAGUUCUUGACUGACGCCGAAAAGAGCGCAUUCAGUGCGGCUUGCUCAGUCGCUUCCUCGGCCACAAAGGCCGGUGCUCCCGUAUACACUAUUGGAGGCAAAUUACCUGGAUUAACAGAUGCACCCGCUACGGAUGCGGAUGUCAAGGAAGCUCUCAAUGGAAUGGCCAUUCAAGACGAUGGUUCCACCAAGUUGGACUACUUUGUCCAAGCCUACCGCGCUGGGGAUUUCCCCUUUUACGCCGACUAUGCCGUCCACCGAGCUACGGAAGUUUUGGCAGGUCCAAGGCAAAUUGUUGUGACCAAGUAA